AUGAGGAUUGGUUUGCGAGAAAUGCGUGCUUUCUCUAAGCUUCUGUUCCCUUCAGUCAGAGAUAACACAUUCUUUGAGAGCUGUGGUGUCGCCGACCUAAUAACCACAUGCCGUAUGUAUCUUCACCGUUGCCAAUUAACCAUCCAACAGAUAAAUACUGAAAAGUCUUUUGAUGAACUGGAGGCCGAGAUGUUGCGUGGCCAAAAACUCCAGGGAGUGUCCACAGCAAGGGAAGUCUAUGAAGUCUUGACUUAUCGAGGAUUGCAGGAGCUGUUUCCUCUGUUAUCCACAGUGCAUGAGAUUUGUAUUGGACAAUUGCCUCCUACAUCAAUAGUUGAAUACAGUGAGCACACGCCCAACCUCUCCAUCAUCGGUGGUCCUACUCCAUUCUACUGA